AGGUUUAAGAGAAUCUCCACGGAGUCCUCGAGAAAUGCAGGGAUUUAAAGUUUAGGGUCGCCGAACUGCUCUUUGCCUUCCUCCCACCCGUCUCAUCUUUUCGAUGGCUCUAAUAUCUUCUGGCUGUUUUUAAUUUCAUCUGUCUCCCUCCUCCCUUCCCCGGGAAGAGGGAGGGAGAAAGAGCAGCUUUUCUUGGGUCAAAUUUAUUUUUCUUCAACCGAAGGGGGCAUGUCCAUCGGUUCUUCUGACAGCUUUCCCCCCCUCCUGCUCCUACAAGGAAGCCAACCCGAGGAUAAUCUUGAAAUACACCAGUUCCCCCGGAUUUGCUGCUGCCGCCACCUCCACCGCCUCUACUGCUGCUGCGGUGCAGUGCCUGGACACUGGGAAUAAAUUAACACGGGCUCUUCUGUCUAUAUAGCCACCUACCUAUUGCCUCUGGUUAGCCAUUUCUUACGAAGAUCACUGAUGUGGUGGGAGCUCCGCCUGGCAGCCUCCCGUGUCUAUCUUGCAUGAUUUCCCAGCCCUCCGUCGUCGUCUCCUUCCCUUUUUCCCCCCAGUUUCGUCUGAAGGGAGACGGUGAUGGGGAAGACAAGAGAACAUAGGGAAGGGAAAGGAAUGAGCAUAAAUCGUUUUUGAAGCUCGCCUCAGUCUUUUGCUUUUCCUCUCCGGCCCGUUAAACACGGUAUUUCUCGAAGGAGGAGGGGGAUUUUUGGGGGGAAGAAGGAGGAAGUGUUGGCGUCGGGAAGGGGGAUCUCUUUCCCCUUUUGGAGAUGGUGGUGCUAUUCUUCUUUGCCUUAAACUGGAUGCUGGAGGGAGCCCUUUCCCAGCUUCACUACACGGUGCAGGAAGAACAAGAACAUGGCACUUUCGUGGGAAAUAUUGCCGAAGAUUUGGGCUUGGACAUUACAAAACUUUCCGCUCGUCGCUUCCAGACGGUGCCUAAUUCGCGAAGCCCUUAUCUGGAUCUCAAUCUGGAAACCGGGGUGCUCUAUGUGAGUGAAAAGAUCGACCGGGAGCAAAUCUGCAAGCAAAGUCCGUCCUGCCAGUUGCACCUAGAGGUUUUCUUGGAAAACCCGCUGGAGCUGUUCCGCGUCGAGAUCGAAGUGCUGGACAUCAACGACAACCCGCCUGCUUUCCCGGAGCCCGACCUGACCGUCGAGAUCUCGGAGAGCGCCACGCCGGGCACCCGUUUCCCCUUAGAAAGCGCCUUCGAUCCAGACGUGGGGACUAAUUCGUUGCGCACCUAUGAGAUCACCCCCAACAGCUACUUCUCCCUGGACGUCCAGACACAACCUGAUGGCAAUCGCUUCGCCGAACUAGUGCUGUCCAAGUCCUUGGACCGAGAGCAGCAGGCGGUGCACCGCUACGUGCUCACGGCCGUGGAUGGUGGGCAGCCGCAGCAGCGGACCGGCACGGCCCUGCUCACUAUUCGAGUCCUGGAUUCCAACGAUAACGUGCCCGCCUUUGAACAGCCCGUCUAUACUGUCUCCCUGCCGGAGAACUCGCCGCCCGGUACCCUGGUGCUACAGCUCAACGCCAGCGACCCGGACGAAGGCCAGAAUGGCGAGAUCAUCUAUUCGUUCAGCAGUCACAUCUCUGCCCGGGCACGAGAACUCUUCGGCAUCUCCCCACGGACCGGGCGGUUGGAAGUCAACGGCGAACUGGACUACGAGGAGAGUGGCGUGUACCAGGUGUACGUCCAAGCCAAGGAUCUGGGGCCCAACGCCGUGCCUGCUCACUGUAAGGUGCUGGUGCGGGUGCUGGACGCGAACGACAACGCUCCCGAGAUCAGUUUCUCCACCGUCAAAGAAGCGGUGAGCGAGGCGGCGGCUUCGGGCACGGUCGUGGCUCUCUUCAGCGUCUCGGAUCGAGAUUCGGAGGAGAACGGGCAAGUACAGUGUGAGCUGCUGCAAGGCGACGCGCCUUUCCGCCUGAAAAGCUCCUUCAAGAACUACUACACCAUUGUCACCGAGGGGCCCCUGGACCGAGAGCAGCCCGGCGGCGACGCCUACACUUUAACCGUGGUGGCGCGGGACAUGGGGGAGCCGGCUCUGACCACCAGCAAGUCCAUCCAGGUGCGGGUCAGCGAUGUGAACGACAACGCGCCCCGCUUCUCGCAACCCGUUUACCAGGUGUACGUGAGCGAAAACAACGUGCCCGGAGCCUACAUUUAUGCCGUCAGCGCCGCGGACCGGGACCAGGGCGCCAACGCGCAGUUAGCCUAUUCCAUCUUGGAGAGCCAGAUCCAGGGCAUGUCGGUCUUCACCUACGUCUCCAUCAACUCCGAGAACGGCUUCCUCUACGCGCUGCGCUCCUUCGACUACGAGCAGCUCAAGGAGUUCAGCUUCCAAGUGGAAGCCCGCGACGCGGCCGGCGGGGGCGAGGAACCCAACGGCGAGGAAGCGCUCGCCGGCAACGCCACCGUCAACAUUGUGGUGGUGGACCAGAACGACAACGCGCCGGCCAUCGUCAGCCCGCUGCCCGGCCGCAACGGCACGCCGGCGCGAGAGAUCCUGCCCCGAGGCGCCGAGCCGGGCUACUUGGUCUCCCGCGUGGCGGCGGUGGAUGCGGACGACGGCGAAAACGCGCGUCUCACCUACAGCAUCGCUCGGGGCAACGAGGCUAGCCUCUUCCGCAUGGACUGGCGCACCGGCGAGUUGCGUACGGCGCGCAAAGUGCCCGCCAAGCGUGACCCGCAGCGACCCUACGAGCUGGUCAUCGAGGUCCGCGACCACGGGCAGCCCCCGCUUUCUUCCACCGCCGCCCUCCACGUGGUCUUGGUGGACAGCGCAGUGGAGCGCCAGGGGGCGGGGGCGGGCGGGGGCGGGGGAGGAGGGGGCGCUGGGGGGCUAGUUCCUGGGGGCGCAGGAGGUCCGGGUGGAGAGCAUCGGCCCAGCCGCUCGGGCGGGGCCAGCAGCGCCGACACCUCCCUGGAUCUGACUCUGAUCCUCAUUAUUGCCUUGGGGUCGGUGUCUUUCAUCUUCCUGUUGGCUAUGAUCGUACUGGCCGUCCGUUGCCAGAAGGAGAAGAAGCUCAACAUCUACACGUGUUUGGCCAGCGACUGUUGCCUGAGCUGCUGUUGCUGUUGUUCUUGCUGCAGCCGCCAGGCGCGAGCCCGCAAGAAGAAGCUCAGCAAAUCGGAUAUCAUGCUGGUCCAGAGCUCCAAUGUCCCCAGCAACCCAGUACAGGUGCCUGUAGAAGAGUCGGCAAGCUUUAGUUCCCACCACCACAACCAGAACUAUUGCUAUCAGGUUUGUCUCACACCUGAGUCAGCCAAGACCGAUCUGAUGUUCCUCAAGCCUUGCAGCCCUUCCCGCAGCAUAGAGGCGGAGCACAACCCUUGCGGAGCCAUCGUCACGGGAUACACCGACCAGCAGCCAGACAUCAUCUCGAAUGGCAGUAUAUUGUCUAGUGAGACAAAACAUCAACGUACAGAGCUCAGUUAUCUAGUUGACAGACCUCGGCGUGUAAACAGUUCUGCAUUCCAGGAAGCAGACAUAGUAAGUUCUAAGGACAGUGGUCAUGGAGACAGUGAACAAGGAGACAGCGAUCAUGACGCCACUAAUCGAGGUCAAUCCACUGGCAUGGAUCUCUUCUCUAAUUGUACAGAGGAAUGUAAAGCAUUGGGUCACUCAGAUCGGUGUUGGAUGCCCUCUUUUGUCCCUUCUGAUGGACGGCAGGCUGCGGAUUACCGCAGCAAUCUUCAUGUACCUGGAAUGGACUCUGUUCCAGACACCGAAGUGUUUGAAACACCAGAAGCCCAGCCAGGGGCAGAGAGAUCUUUCUCCACCUUUGGCAAAGAGAAGGCCCUUCACAGCACCCUGGAGAGGAAAGAACUGGAUGGACUGCUGUCUAAUACACGAGCGCCUUACAAACCACCAUAUUUGAGCCUUGCCAUUUGUGGAUCACAAAGUGGAUUAUAAAAGAAUAGUGAUUAAAGAACUGCAGAUCCUCUGUGAGAUAGCACGGAAAAGGAUAUGCUAGUCAAUUCUACGGGACUUACCUGAAGCAGCAUGAUUUGCACAAAAUUCGACCAACAAAAGCAUCAACUUUUCAACUUCAUUAUCUUGGCCAUCCAGUUCUGUGUUAACUGAAGAAAUUUUGUGCUGUUGGAGACAUUAUGGCCAAUAGUAGGACCUACUUGCUCUCAGCAGGCCUGAGAAAUGAGUUGAAAUGUAUGGAACUAUAGAAACUUAAAGAGGCAACUGAUUUUGCCUCUCUGAUCAGUGUGUGCCUGUUUACAGCACUAUAUAGCUCCUUCUUUCUCUUCUCUCUCCAAAAUGUCACUGAGCCCUCUAGAUGUUUAUAUUCGCCACAAGAAGCCAAUCGUACAGAUUUUAAACAAAGGAAACGUGCAUUAUAAAUGCAAUAUCACUGUUUUAAACUUGACUGUUUUAUAUUAUUUUUGUGUGAUCAAGUGUUCCCCAGACUAUUCCAACUUUACAAAAGAAAUUGUGAAUCAUGUUCUUUUCACCUGUGGGUCUUGAAAAUGUUGUUAAUCUGCAAGCCCACAAAAUAUCAGAGACAUUCUGUAGUUUAUACACCGUGUUGCAAAGUGUUUACUGUACUAUUUCAAAGCUUCUAAAUAAAUAUAAAAAUAUAUAUUAUAUUACAUAUAAUUUUCCGGGAAAUGUGGUACCAUUUAGUUGAUUUUUAAAUGAGUCCAUACAGUCUGCAUCAUACCCUAAAAUGAGAAGGUAAUUCAGGGUCCUUAAAUUAACUUUGCCUAGAAAAAUAGAAAAAAUAAAUCUUUAAUAAUAAUCCCCCAAAUUUUGUACUUUGAUCAAUCCUGUUUGUCCUUGUUUUAAAAGCUGUAAGCAACACCAUUUUUUCCUGAAAAUUGUACUGAAUUUCCAAUGCCAAAGAUACAGCUGUCAAUAAUUAUGAAAAUAAGCACUGACUGUACUAUCAACCUCCAUUAUUUUGAUUCUAUUUCUAUGGCUUUUAAUUUAGAAUCAAAAACUUUUUAUAAUGGCUCUAUAAACUCACAUGUAUAUGUUGUUAAAAAAAGUACAUUGGGUGUCUGUACAUUUUGAAACGUAAUAUAUGAUAUAAACGAAGGUAACUAAUUUAAGGAAAUCCUCUUCCCAUUCUCCAAGAAGCAUAGCUUACCUACAUAAUCAUUUGUCAUAAUUUUGUGCUAAUAUAUCUUUUCAUGAAGGCGUGAAAUGAUUUUUAAAGAACAGCAAAGGACAGAGUCAUAAUCAGACAUUAAUUUGAAUUGGUCCUUUUAAUACUAAUGCAACUUGAACUUAAUUUUAGUUGAUGCUAAUUUCACUGUUAACCAGUUUAAUCCCAUCAAUGUUAUUUUUAUAAGAGUUUCAUGGUUUGACAUAUGUCAGAAAGGGUAUUUUAAUUAGAAAAAGAAUAAAUUGUCAAACAUUCAGAACUUUGGAAAGCAAAGCUUACCUUUAUUUUAUAAUUUUUAAGUUGAAAACUAAAAAAAACCUGCCUAUCUUCCUUCCUUCCUUCCUUGACUAAUGCACAAAGGAAAUUUUAAAAUAGUAUCUGUGAUAUGGACAAUUGUUUUAUUGUAGAACUUGAGGUCAUAGGGUUAUGUGCAGCCUCUGAAAGCUUUGGUGUAGCCCUCAGAAUUUUUUUACCACAUUUUUAAUGUAAUAGGAAGUCAAUUAAAACAUGACUGAACAGAAAUCAUAUUAGCUAUAUUUUAUUUUAUCCCAAGUGUGGCCCUUGGUUCAUAUUAAAAAAUGCACUCCUGGUUUGGUUGAAAGUGGAAGCAACAUGCUUCUGAAUUAGUGAACAGCAUCCUCUAUUAUUUGGGAAAUUUGAGAUCACACCUAUGAGCAACUAUUUGCUUUGUUAUUCAUAUCUGAAAAUUAUCCAAAUUAUGACUUAGUAAAAGUAAGGGUGGAAAAAGGGUGGAAAAUAAAACUAUUAAAAACAAAAGACACUUAUCCAUGGGUAGCUUUUGAUUCUGGAUCCUGUGUUUGAAGCAGUGCACAAAAGGAAUUUCUUUAAAUGUCAAUGUUCUCAUUCAUGACAAUAGGGGGGGGGAGUAUUUCACAUGGAAAAUUCUAUACUUCCAGGUAUGAGUGCAUCCUACAUCUGUAAGACAUUCAAGCCCACAUUAACUAUAGAAUGAACUUUUAGUUCAUCAAUAUUUUUUCUUGCAAUAUUCCUAUAGUACGAAUGGAAAGUAUGUGCAUAAAACACUUCAACAAUGGAAUGAUAACUAAUGUCAGUUUCCAAAUUGUUCACAGAAAUAUUUCUGCUGAAAAAUUUGAAUGCCUCUUUCUAAAAUAUUUGCAUAUUGACAGGAAUUUAUUGCAAUUCUUUUAACAAUGUAUAAGUAUAUUUAAACCAUGGGGAUGGGAGAACACACAGAAAACAAUUAUUUAAUUUGAAGAAACAUAGUCGUAAAAUCUUUAGCUUUAGGUAAUAGAAGUUUGGUCACCUUUAUGCCUUGUUAGUUUUAUGGGGAAAUGGGCUAUUUUAGUAAUGAAAUGUGUGAAGAAUUGAACAGUCUGUCAACUUGUUGCUGAUUUUAAGGCAAGAAAUUGAAACCCCUCUU